AUGAUUGAACAAGUUGGAAGCAAACGAGGUAAAGAAAACAUUACUGGACAAAAGAAAUUGCUUGGUGACGCCUUCAAGGGAAUUAAUCUUGAUCGAAUGCGUGAUAACGGCGUUCUAACCGACAUAUCCAAUGUACCCGCUAUGUUGGUAGAUGAGGAUUUACAGACGUUAAGCGACAAUUCUUCCGACAGCGGAGAUUCAGAAUAUGUUUCCAACGAUGAGAAUAGUGACGAUGCAGUUGACGAUACUGAUUAUGAAGAUCUUGGAGACCAGACGUAUGAAUGUCCUUUUUGUGGUUCAAUGAUGUGGUACGGUGAAAGAAUUGACAAGCAUAGACAAACAUCCAGGCCCAAAUUUGGCUUAUGUUGUAUGUCCGGGAAAGUCCAGCUCCCAAAAAUAAGAGAUGCACUUCCUACACUUAACAAUUUAGUGUUUGGCACUGAUCGGAGGAGCAAACAUUUCCAAGAGAACGUACGAUCUUAUAAUAUGAUGUUUUCUUUCACGUCGUUUGGUGGAAAAGUGCAGACAUCUAUUAAUAAUGGAUCUGGUCCAUACACAUUUCUGUUACACGGACAAAAUUACCAUCUACUGGGCAGUUUAUUGCCGGAAGAAGGCACUAGGCCUAAGUUUGCCCAAAUUUACAUUUUCGACACAGAAAAUGAGAUUCAGAAUCGAAUUGAUGCCGUCAGGUCCGGAAAUCAAUCUAACAAUCUUGACCCAGCCAUCGUUGCAUCGUUGAAAGAUAUGAUUGACGGUAACAAUGUACUUGCACAGCAUUACCGUGCUGUUCGAGAUCGUUUUUCCAAUGAUGGCCAUCAAGGAACGUACAAUCUUCGUAAUGCAAGUGAAAUAGCAGGCUUGAUCGUUGGUGACUUUGACACACAAGAGGGUGUUAGGGAUAUUGUAGUUGAGACGCGCUCAAAUAAGCUUCAACGAAUCAGUGAGCUCCAUCCUCUUUACUUGCCUCUACAAUAUCCUCUUUUAUUUCCUUACGGUGAAGAUGGUUAUCGAGAUGAUAUCAAUUUGAGAGAAUCUUCAUUUGCUGAUAAUAGAAAACGAAGGAAGCGCAUUAUAAUUCCAGGGUCGUUCACCGCAGGUCCAAGGUAUAUGUUUAACAACUUCGUUGAUGCUCUUCAAAUAUGUAACUGGAUUGGAUUUCCAACCCUCUUCAUCACCAUCACAUGCAAUCCCCAAUGGCCAGAAAUACAAAGGGUGUUAAAAGAUACAAAUCUCAGGCCGGAGAAUCGGCCAGACAUUCUGUGUCGUGCGUUCAAAAUGAAGCUCGAUAGUAUGAUGACGGAAAUCAAGAAGGGUCGUAUAUUCGGACGUAUUACAUCAUAUGUAUGCACAAUAGAAUUUCAGAAACGAGGUCUACCGCAUGCACAUAUUUUAUUGUGGUUGCAUAAUGACGACAAGCCCAAGAAUCCAGAAGAAAUUGACAGGAUCAUAUGUGCUGAAAUUCCUGACGAAGAAAACGACAGAAAGAUGUACCAGUUGGUGGAGAAGUAUAUGAUACAUGGACCGUGCGGUCAGGCGAAUUUGAAAUAUCCAUGUAUGAAAGAUAGAGUUUGCACGAAGCGAUUUCCAAAGCCAUUUGUGCAGCGCACUGAAUCAGAUGCAGAUGGGUUUACAGUGUAUAGGAGAAGGGAAGAUGGCAGAACAGUUACGAAGAAGAAGACUACUCUUGAUAAUGGGUUUGUGGUCCCCUACAAUCGUAUAUUGUUGAGUAAAUACCGAGCUCACAUUAAUAUCGAGCUAUGCAACCAAAACAAGUCAAUUAAAUACCUGUUCAAAUACGUAAACAAGGGGCAUGACCGAGUCACAAUGGCAUUUUAUGAGACACGCAAUACAGAUGGCGGUGCUGAGAUUCGUGAUGAGAUAAAGAUGUACUACGACUGCAGAUAUUUUUCGGCGUGUGAGGCAAUGUGGAGGUUGUUUAACUUUGAUAUUCAUUACAGAGACCCGUCCGUAAUUAGGCUAAGCUUUCAUCUCCCCGAUCAUCAGCCAAUUGUCUUCAAUGAAAACCAGUCGUUACAAAGUGUGUUGGAUAGGCCAUCUGCCAAGCAAACUAUGUUCCUGGCGUGGUUUGAGGCCAACAAGAACCAUCCACAUGCAAGGGACUUGAGGAUUGCGAAUGUUCCCCCUGGAAAGGGGGAAGACUAUUACCUUAGGUUGCUACUUAACAUUCAAAGGGGGUGCACGUGCUACGAGGACAUCAGAAAAGUUUUUGACAUCGUCUACCCUACGUUCAGGGAUGCAUGUUAUGUGUUGGGUUUGCUAGAUGACGACAAAGAAUACAUAGAUGCAAUAAAAGAAGUGAAUACUUGGGUAUCGGGGGAUUAUAUAAGAAGUGGUAAAAGCCUGCAAAAUUACGCGCCUAUGCCAGUUCCAAUCGAAUACUCAUAUGAGGACACAGAAAACAUAUUGGUGUUAGAUGAACUGGAUUACGACCGGUUUGAAAUGGGUAGAGAACUUCAACAGUGUCUUGCUUCCAUUACAGAUGAGCAAAGAAAGGUUUAUGAUGUAGUCAUGGAUGCAGUAACCAAUGACAGUGGUGGAAUGUUCUUUCUAUAUGACCAUGUUCGUUCGAAGGGAGAGAUUGUAAUUAACGUUGCAUCGAGUGGUAUAGCAUCGUUAUUGCUCCUCGGUGGAAGAACAGCUCAUUCUCGAUUCGGAGUACCCAUAAAUGUACAUGAGAGUUCCACCUGCAGCAUAUCGCAACAAAGUCCACAGGCAGAGUUGCUCAUAAGGGCAAAGCUUAUUAUAUGGGACGAGGCUCCUAUGAUGCAUAGAUACUGUUUUGAAGCCCUUGACAAGACAAUGAAGUCAAUAUUACAGGCUGAGAAACCCUUUGGUGGUAAGGUGGUUGUUCUUGGAGGUGAUUUUAGGCAGAUUUUACCUGUUGUGCUCAAAGCAUCAAGGCAGGACAUAGUACAUGCUACGAUAAACUCCUCUCCGCUGUGGAAUUUCUGUCGUGUCAUGAAGUUGACUAAGAACAUGAGAUUGCAGUCAUGUUCUUCUCCAUCUAAUGUGGAUGAGAUAAAAGAAUUUGAAGACUGGAUACUGAAUGUUGGUAAUGAGGAUGUUGGGGAAGACAAUGAUGGUGAAGCUUCGAUAGAGAUUCCAGAUGACAUGUUGAUUGGUGAUUCAGAAGAUCCAUUCAGAGACCUACUCGAAUUCCUUUACCCGGAUUUGUUGAGUAACAUGUACGAUCGAGAUUAUUUUCAAGGGAGGGCAAUUCUUGCACCAACUAAUGAAUGCGUCGAGUCUGUGAACGAUCACUUAAUGUCUCUCCUUCCAGGAGAGGAGAAGGUGUACCUGAGCUCAGAUAGUAUGUGUAGGGACGAGCACACAACGGAGGAUAAUGCAGAAAUUUAUUCGACUGAAUUCCUCAACACAAUAAGAUGCUCCGGAGUUCCUUCUCAUGCGUUGAGGAUCAAGGUUGGUGCACCCGUUAUGCUAAUAAGAAACAUCGAUCAAGUUAGAGGAUUGUGCAACGGUACCAGACUUCAAAUUAUUAGAACUGGCAUUAACGUUCUGAGUUGCAAAAUUCUUUCCGGAAAAAAUAUCGGUGACAUGGUGUUCAUUCCUCGGAUGACUUUAAUACCAUCUAACUCCGGACUGCCAAUUAAAUUUCAGAGAAGACAAUUUCCGUUGAUUGUUUCUUUUGCAAUGACGAUAAAUAAAAGCCAAGGCCAAACUCUUUCGCAUGUUGGUUUGUAUCUUCCUAGGCCUGUCUUCAGCCAUGGUCAACUAUAUGUUGCAGUGUCCAGAGUUAAGAGCAGAGGUGGCAUUAAGAUAUUCAUCAAGUCGGAUUCGGGUGAACUCACCAAUGUUAAUAGAAAUGUCGUGUACAAGGAAGUAUUUCAUCGAAUUUGA